UCAGUCCAAUAAAGAAAAAGCAUCCAGCCAUUAGCAACGAGCAUGUACCUUUUCAGUCUCCUCCCUCGAACAUUUCCUCACCUUCCAUGACAAACAGUUAAAACCAAAAACAGCAUCAACUCCAUCAGCCAAAAUGAACGAAAAUCCCAACAGAGCCGAAGCCGAGCGCCUUCUCGGAAUCGCUGAGAAACUCUUACAAUCACGAGAUCUCAGCGGCACAAAAGACUUCGCAGUUUUAGCUCAAGAAACCGAACCCCUUUUGGAAGGCUCAGAACAGAUCUUAGCCGUUGCCGAUGUGCUUUUAUCAGCCGAAAAACGCAUCAACAAUCACCACGACUGGUACUCGAUCCUGCAAAUCAGCCAAAAAACUGACGAUUCCGAACUUAUAAAAAAGCAGUAUCGUCGCCUCGCAUUACUCCUCCAUCCAGACAAGAACAGGUACCCUUUCGCGGACCAUGCCUUCAAGCUUGUCGCUGAUGCUUGGGCUGUUUUGUCUGAUACUUGUAAAAAAACGUUGUACGAUAAUGAAUUGAGUUUGUUUUCGAAGAUUGAUUUGUCUACUUCAGGGAAAUUACCGGUCAGGAGAAGCCAGAGACCGGUUGGCCAUAAAAAGGCUGAAAAUUUGAAAACUAAUGUCAAUAACGUGAGUAAUCAACAAGAAGGGCAGGGACAGAGAGCUAAAUUAUCUUCGUUCUGGACCGCAUGUCCGUAUUGUUAUAUUUUGUAUGAGUAUCCUAGGGUUUACGAGAAUUGUUGUUUGCGGUGUCAAAACUGCCAGAGAGGGUUUCAUGCGGUUUUAAUACCGUCACUGCCGCCUCUGGUUCCCGGGCAGGAGUCUUAUUAUUGUUGCUGGGGGUUCUUUCCUUUGGGGUUUACACUUGGUAUUGCAGGGAGUGGGGAGAAAAAUGGCGGGGGAGGUGCGGGGUUUCCUAAUUGGAUGCCGCCAAUGUUUGGAACAGAGCAGCUGCAAGGAGGUGAUAAGAAUUGUGUCAACGUGGCGGCAAAUGUGGGCGGUAAGAGUGGUAGCGGUGGUGGCCAUGGUGGCGCUGGUAUGAGGAGUAAUGCUGCAUCUGCCACGCCAGUGAGGGUUGAUGGGGAGAGUAAGGAUAGAAUGGUGGUGGCUUCUGGUAGCAGUGCAAAGGGAAUGUCUGGGAGUGCAACGGGCAUGGCUGGGAAUUCAACGGGGAUGGCAGGGCCCAGGAAGAGAGGAAGGCCUAGGAAAUAUCCUGUGCAGGCGUAGUUUGUGAUGUCUGAUGUGUAGUCAGUAAUUGCAAUGUGGUGGAAAGGAAUAGAAUGUGAAGGUGUUGACGGCUGAAGGAUUGGAGUCUUUUUUGCAGCUGGCUAAGUUCCGGGACUUCGUAGGAGACUGGGAAUAAAAGGUCUAGGUGGUCUACCGACUUUCUAGGUUUGGAGCCUUUGAUCGCACAACGGUUACUUCGGGGAUGGUGAAACUAGACAACAGGUGACACAAAGCAGCCAAGGCAGUCAUAAAUAUUGAAUUCCACUGCAGCUGCCUCCACUUUCUCCUCAUUUACACCCCUAUCGAGUGAUUUAGGAACAUGUAGCUUUAACAGUUUGACAACAUCAAUUAGAUUGAGUUUGUAACUUAAUUGAAAGAAUUAUAUUACAAUUACAAAAAAAAAAAAACAACAUAGGCAUAGAUGUUUUCUACAGGAAUUCAUGGUGUUUUUUUUUAUUCAAUUUGGUAAUCAAAUUUUUUUCUCAUUUAA